CGGCGCUGGGGCGAGCGAGCGGCCGGGCGGGCGAGCGGCGAGAUGCGGCCGUGCUGAGGCUCCGCCGUGCCCAUGCGGCGCCGGGCAGAGGAGAGCCGAGCCGGGCGAGCUCCAGCCAUGCAUCCCGGCGCGCCCGCGGGCACAUGGGGCAGCGCUUGAACCGCUGCCUCGAUGUCCCCGUGGCGUUGCCGCCGCUGAGGCGGAGGCUCCUGCUGCUCUUCAUCAUGCUCUUCCUCUGGCUCUAUAUGUUUUACUCCUGCGCCGGCUCCUGCGCCGGGCUGGCGACCCGCGGCUCUCCCGCGCCGCCCCGCGCCGCCCCGCAGCUUCCCCAGCUGGCGCCCGUGGCUGCGGGGGAGCCGGGCGAGGACGGCAGCCCGGAGCAGCAACGGGCAGCGCCCGCCGCCGCCAGCCCCAUCUCCACCUUCUUCAACGGCUCCGGCACCAAGCGCCUGCCGCAGGCCAUCAUCAUCGGCGUGAAGAAGGGCGGCACGCGGGCGCUGCUGGAGUUCCUGCGGGUGCACCCCGACGUCCGCGCCGUCGGCGCCGAGCCCCACUUCUUCGACCGCAACUACGAGCGGGGACUCGCCUGGUACAGGGAGCUCAUGCCCAGGACCCUGGAGGGGCAGAUCACCAUGGAGAAGACCCCCAGCUACUUUGUCACCAAGGAGGCCCCGGCCCGCAUCUCCUCCAUGGCCAAGGGCACCAAGCUCAUCGUGGUGGUGCGGGACCCCGUGACCAGAGCCAUCUCGGACUACACCCAGACGCUCUCCAAGAAGCCAGAUAUCCCCACCUUUGAGAGCCUGACCUUCAAAAACAGGACUACGGGCCUGAUCGACACGUCCUGGAGCGCCAUCCAGAUCGGCAUCUACGCCAAGCACCUGGAGAACUGGCUCCUCUACUUCCCCAUCGGGCAAAUCCUCUUUGUCAGCGGGGAGAGGCUGAUCAGCGACCCCGCGGGGGAGCUGGGCAGGGUCCAGGACUUCCUGGGCCUCAAGAGGAUCAUCACCGACAAACACUUCUACUUCAACAAGACCAAGGGCUUCCCGUGCCUGAAGAAGGCGGAAGGCAGCAGCAAACCCCACUGCCUGGGCAAGACGAAAGGCAGGACCCACCCCGCCAUCGCGCAGGAGGUGGUGCAGAGGCUGCGGGACUUCUACCGGCCCUUCAACAUGAAGUUCUACCAGAUGACGGGGCAGGACUUCGGCUGGGACUGAACCCCACCUGGCCAAAGUCCCUUAGUCAUACUUGCCCAGCAGGGUUUGCCUAUAUAAAGAGAUCUAUAUGUAUGUAAAAUGUACAGAAAUCUAUUUUAUAAUAAUUUAUUUUUAAUUCCUAAGCAAUUAACUCAGCGAGCUGCCGCGUGCCCACCGGGCACCAGCCCCUAACCUGGUUAACAUUCCACCAUCUUUAAUCCUAAUACGUCUCUCCUGGUCAUUUCUUUUUCCUCCUGUUGUUUGGUUUGGUUUGUAACAGACAGAGGUGCUUCCAUUUUUCUUAAACAAAAUUUGUAUUUAAGAACAAGUUUUUAAAGAGCAAAAAAGUUGUCAGGGGAGGGGGAGGGAAAGCACAGAUCUAUUUUUGUUACGGGUAUCUGGCCUUUAUAAACACUUGCUUUCCCUGUGCCUGUGUCCCAGUCUCUGC